CACGGGUUUCGCGGGGGCGGCGCGCCACGGCGGCAAGCACCGCGACGCCGGCCGCCAGCGAGAAGAGAGAGAACGCCUCGGCAGGCCGCAGCCGCAGCCGAGCUGGUAAUCAGUGUCGUUUCCGCGCCAGCACUGGCCACCACGCGGCAGAUUACGCAGAUUACGCUCUGCACGCACACACGCACGCACACACGCACGCACACGUACACCAACACCACCCGCGCGUAGCCGACCGUUGUGACAGGGGAUUGUGUGACAGUGCGACGGGGACGAUACGCGGCUCGUAGCCGAGGCUGCGAGCGUAGGUGAUCGGGGAACCCAUCGAACCCGGGUGGUUGCACGCGUUCGUCGCUUCGAUACUUUGGACAGGGAGCACGAGAUUGUCAGUGAUAGGAGGAGCAGGAAGAAGCAUGAGGUCGAGAGGUGCUUCGAUCCACGGUCACUCCGGCUGAGAGUCGUUUCGGACGCGGAGCAACUCGGUGGUUGGCGAUCGUAGAGAGGCAAACGGAGGUUUGCGAGGAGGAGAAAAGGGGCCGAAGAAGGAAGGAUAAAAUGUCGAGUGCUUGAACGAUCGAGUGGACAGAGGAGGAACCGUGUAGUCGUGUCGUUGGUCUCGUAAAGGGAGACUGCGUUGCGACUUUAAUGGAGGGAUCCGCUCGUGCCGGCUCGGUCGGUCCACCACGGCGAUGCGGCGGAUUCCGAGAAUAACGGGCUUUCGAGUAGUGGUUCGGAAUGCCAAUCCCUAAAGGUUGCCGAUGAUACCGUCGAACGACUGAUUACCGGUCGAUAGAGGCCGAUCGAGGCGCAACGACUCUAGCUAUGACGAGCGAGUUAUCCGUUGGCUGUCACGCUGACGUUUAGCGGGAUUCGGUAAGGUGCGCGGCCGAGAGAAGUAGAGGAGGAUGAGCACGACGUCGUAGGUCGCAUCGACUCGUGCGGGCGAACGAACGGUUAACCACCACCGGGGAUAGAGUGGACGCGAGAGUAGAAACGGACAGACAAAUGUCUGCUCGUUAGCGGAUAGUGACGUGGACACAGCCGAGUGAAAAUUACGAUGCGAGUUAAGUGGUGACCGAUGGUGAGGUCUUGCAGAGACAUUUAGGGGCCGCGAGACGUCUGGCCAAACUCGAGCCCGGGACCGGACAAUCGCCAUAGGCGUUUGGAAAAUUUAUAGCCCGCCAGUUCCGAGAGGAUCCCGCGAGAGUAGCGCUGUAAACCUCUCGUCGAACCUGUUCCACGAUCCUGGUCCGCUGGCGAAACGGAAGGAGAGAAAAAAGUGGAUCGGCAUGAGUAGCAGCGAGGGCGUGGUGACGGGUCAGGGAACCGGAAACGAUCGCCUCUGCGAGGACGUCGAUAUGGCAACUUCGACGUCCGCGUCGUCGAACCUGAAGCCGCGAAGCGGCAAGAUCAGCUUCAGCGUGGACUCCCUGCUGAGCGACAUGAAGAAGACCGCGGUGACCGGCGGCGCGUUCGCUAGACGAGAGAACGACGACCGAACGGAGACGGAGAAGAACCUGGACAUGGAGGCGAGGUACCGCGAGCUACUGUUGGAACAACAGAGACUUCAGAGCAGAGAGCUGCUGGCCAGGUUGAGUCCGCACGGGCUGACGUUCGCGAGUCAUCACCAUCAUCAUCACCCGUCGAGCAGACUGGAUCAGGAUCAUCCGUCGGCUGGCCGGCAGGAGAUCCUCACGGUGAAGGACUUCUCGAGAACAGGCAGUCACGACAAGUCCUCCUCGCCGAUUAGAAUAGACCAGGAGGUUCAGAGGGAUCGAGACGAUCGACGAUUGUCCUCCAGCUCGCCGGCCAGCAGGAUCACCGAGUCUAUGAUCCAGCGGGACCGCGGAGGCCAGGAGGAGGACGAGAGGAUCGACAGGAUCGCCGACCCGCGAUCCGUGUCGCCGGUCAGUAGGCGAGAGAUCAUGGACGAUAGAAGCGACAGCGAGGCGAAUCGUUCGCUGGAAGGCGACAGGACCGAUCAUCUGGAUCUAGAGGAUCAAGAGAUCAGAAGCGUGGGUCAGUCGGAGGAUUUAAACGUGAUGGACUCGGACUGCGAGCUGGAGAGGGAGCUUGACAGCAAUCAGGAGAAGGAAGAGAAGUCCAGUCCGGUAGUGCCUCAACCGAUUCAUCCGGGAGUUCAGAGGCCGUCUCAGGGACCGCCUUACCUCACCGGUGCACCCGGUGCUCCCGGUUGGAAUCCUGCGGGAUUUCCGCAUUCUCUCGCGGGCUUCGCGUGGCUACCCCCACCCCCGCACCCGCACAAUCCUCACGGACAUCUUUACACGCCUCACGGAGGACCAACUAGUCCGAAUGGCGACCUGAGGCUGCCAGGACCGGGACCCGGGCCGGUCAGGUGCACCCUGAGGAAACACAAGCCAAAUCGCAAGCCGAGGACACCGUUCACCACCCAGCAGCUGCUCUCACUGGAGAAAAAGUUUCGCGAAAAGCAGUACCUAACCAUCGCCGAACGAGCGGAAUUCUCGUCGUCCCUUCACCUCACGGAAACGCAGGUGAAAAUUUGGUUCCAGAACAGACGAGCGAAGGCGAAGCGUCUGCAAGAGGCGGAAAUCGAGAAGCUCAGGCUGUCCGCGAGGCCCUUGCUGCACCCGAGUUUCGGCUCUGGCCUCAUGUUCUCCGGAGUGGGGCCUCCUGGAACACCAGGAGUGCCUCCCUUCAUCGCGGCGGCCAUGGCUAGGCACACCCAUGUCGCGGCCGCGGCAGCCAUGUUCAUGGGGCCCCCUGGACACAGGCCUUAAUAAGGCAGAGUCGAGCCGCGCGAGCCCAAGUCGCUCGUACCCUGGCCAGUCUGCCUCUUCCGUACCGGCGAACCGCAAGAAACGCGUCGCGAGGCCCAUCCACGACUACGAACCAUGACCUGGUGAAACUCCAACCGGUCGUCGGAGCGAGAAGACUACGAGAGGAGUCCUCACAAGUCCGAGUGGAUCGCGCAGCAUCCGAGAAGAAUCCUCUGGACGCGCGAUGAUGGGUUCGGGGAAGGCCCCCGAGUGGUACAAGAUCGAGGAUCGCGGAGGAGUCGAAGGAAGAAACACGGUGGAUCCCUUUCGGACGAAUGGAGGAAGACUCGGAGAGCGUCGGACACCACUCGGCUUCUACGAUUUGUGGUAACAAAUUAGUGAUUCGUGGCGGUGGAUGGGUGCAGGGCGAAGGAAGAGAUAACGCGGCUGCCGAGGAAUCCCGGGGAGGGAUGCAGCGCGAUGAGCAGGCAUUCGAAACUCCGCAUUCCAGGAAACUUUGAAACCUGUUACCACGCACCGAAUAAUCCGAACGGCUCGCGGCUGACCGAGUCGAAGCGCGAUCUUCGGGCCCAUCAUCGGCGCGCGCGGCCCCGCUUCCGUGGAAUGGCGACGCGGAGGAAAUGGCGAGGUCGGCGCGAGUUUACAAACGCGGGGUACGAGAACGCCGGUGUUUGGUCGGUCGUAGAAAGCAACGCGAGUCGAGCGGAGCGAUAAAUCCACGCUGACUUUUACCGCCGCGAUCUUUCACCGAGAGCAGAGCAGAGGAGAGCCCUCCUCGUGUCUGCUUCAUAUUUUUCCCGCGCACGUCCGCGCGCGUCUUCGUCGCUAGAUCGAUCUCGAUCACCGCCUGCGUCGGACACGGCGACGAUCCGCGUCGCGGACGGAGCAUUUAGAUGGCAUUUCGAUGCGUUGAUCUCACGCGAGAGAGUGGCUGCGACAACGAUGUACAUAUUGUAAAUAGACCUUGCACCGAAUCGCGUAAGUGUACGUAUGUAUAUAUAAAUAUUAAUAUAUCGACGCGUGUACAGGACGUUCGACUUCCGUUUCGAAGAAACCGGAGGAGAGAGAAAGAGUAGACGAGAAACAACUCGGCUACGACGACGUUGUAUAACCGCGACUCCGGCGUUUCAAUUAACCCGCUCCUUCGGCUCGUUUAUCCCCCGGAGGGAAAUUUACGGGUGAGAUAAUCGACUAGGUCGAAGCAGCAGGGGAAAAACGAGGAAGAAAUACGCUACGUAGCCGGUGAAUCCACUCUGGAACAGCUCAGCUAGAAUUCCUGCUCCCAAAUCGUUCUUCGACGAUCGCGUGGAACCGAGUCGAGAGGUUGGACGGGUCGAACGACGCCGUUCGUUUAAUCGAUUCCUCGUGAUUCCUGGACGCGAUGCUGCCACGUUACAACGGGGAUUCGAAAUUGGAAAGCUGC